UAUUCAAAUACGUUAUUUUUAAUGACGAGUGAUGAUAAAAACUAUUGUAAUUCUAUGUUUGGAAAUAUGAGCAAUGUAAUUAUUACACCUAAAUCAUUUAGUCCUGAACUCGAUUUAGCUGCACUUGUCGUGUGUCAGCAUACAAUUGUGACUUCUGGUAGUUUUGGCUGGUGGGCUGCUUUUUUAACUAACGGAGAUGUAGUGUACGAUAAAGCAAAUCCAGCACCUGGCUCGGGUCUUGAAAAUGAUUGUCCGAGAAUAUCCUAUUAUCCACCAUGGUAUAUUUCUUUGAAAAACUAA